UAUUUAGCGGUAAAGGAGAAUGCAGAAAAUAGUGAGGCGGUUCUCAGACCGGAUAACAACACAGCAUGAUGUGGACAACUCGCUGCGCGGUUCCAACCCUAACUUCCUCCGCACGUGGUCUCUACGCCGCAAACCCAAAUCUAAACCUCCCUCCUUCCGCGAGUCUACCAGCGCCACCAGCUUUAUAGACCCAGCUCCCACCUCGUGUCCGGACAGACCUCCGGGCCUCCCUCCCGGACCUGGCAGACACAAACCCAAGUCAGCUCCUCACUGGGCUACUGAAUCUCCCUGUGUCAAGUAUAUGGAACCUGUUGAUAUUAGUAGUCUCAGUAGCAACGAACAUUUGGAUCACAGAAACGGAACUUUACCGAAAAGGAGAAACAGUCCACACAGGUUGUCUGCAGAGCUGACAAUGUUAUCGCAUGAUAAGGAACUCAAUGACGCUAUGGAAACGGGUUUUAAAACCAAUUUCUUGUGUUUGAAAACGGAGCAACAAGCAAUGAAUAGCGCGAAAAAGCUGGAGUACCCAACAGUAGCAGCGACGCAGCUCCUUACAGAAUCCCAGCUAACAGCACUGGAGAACGCGUUUAAAGUAGGAGAUGUGGAGGACAGAGGGGUGGUAGACGCAGGACAGGUCCAGUACAUAGUACAGCAGGUACUGGGGGACGUGCUCACUGUUAGCGAGGUCAGGACUCUUGUGCAGAAGGCUGAGGCUGUAGGCGCUGCAACAGGUGUAUUGAACCUACAAGAGUUUAAAGAUCUGUUAAUAGACUUGCUGCAUACCACCACUACGAGAUGGGGGGAGAUGCAGACCACACUGGACGGCUACGUGGGCUUCGACACUGUCCUAGAGCAGCAGAGGAAGAAGUUCCUCAAGAAGGGAUUUGAGUUCAACCUCAUGGUAGUGGGUGAGUCUGGCCUGGGCAAGAGCACGCUAGUGAACACUCUCUUCAAGUCCAAAGUGAGCAGGACUAGUUGUACUAACGAGCCUCCCCAGAAGAUACCCAAAACUGUCGAGAUUAACACUGUUACCCAUGUGAUAGAAGAGAAGAACGUUAGAUUACGGUUAUCAAUCACUGAUACUCCUGGAUUCGGAGACCAAGUCAACAACGAGAAUUGCUGGUUGCCAAUAUACGACCAGAUAAACAAGCAGUUUGAUAAGUUCCUGACGGAAGAGAGGAGCGUGGUGAGGAGGAAACAGAUUCCUGACAGCAGGAUUCACUGCUGUCUUUACUUCAUAGCUCCUACUGGUCACGGGCUCAAGGCUCUAGAUAUCAGCUGUAUGAAGAAGCUACAUGACGUAGUGAAUAUAAUCCCUGUUAUUGCUAAGGCUGACACAAUGACUAUUGAGGAGAGAGACGCCUUCAAGGAGAGAAUAAGAGAGGAUAUAGCUGAAGCUGAGAUAAAGGUGUACCCCAGCUCCCUCCUGCCUGAGGAUGAGGAUGUGUUGCAAGCUAAUGCUCCCAUCAGAAAACAUCUUCCCUUAGCUGUAGUCGGUAGUGAUAGAGCCCUCACCAUUAACAACAAGAGUAUUCUGGGUCGCCAAACUAAGUGGGGUUUUGUGGAGGUCGAGAACCCGAACCACUGCGAGUUUUCAUUCCUACGUGACAUGCUCCUCAGGACGCACAUGCAAGAUCUGAAAGACACUACCCAUGAAGAACACUAUGAGAACUAUCGGCGUCAGAAACUCUCUGAAGAAGUUGGGGAAAACAACGGAGCAGGCGCAUAACGCACCGGCGCACUGUGCCCGGCGCACAACGUACCGGCGCAGUGGCGCACUGUGCCCAGCGCACUUGCCUCAUUCAUAUAUCUAGGAUUAAUUACGCUGUUUCUUUUGUGUAAAAUAAGAUAAUUUUCGUAUGGAGCCCCAUGCGUGUGUAAUGUGCUGCUAUAUGACUCGUUUGGGAAUGCAGCUCAAAUACACGCUCACCAAACUCAUAAACUGCUAUAAAACUUUUUGAUGUUUCUGCCGUUCUUUUUUCAUCUUAUAAGCUCUUGUUAAUGAUAUAUUCUUUCUUAAUGAUAGCGAUUAAAUCAAUUUGCACUUUCACUACAUAUAUGAUAACAUAGCAGUGUGCUAAUGUUACAGUGUUAACAAUGUUAACAGUGUGCUGCAGUGUGCUAAUGUUAAAUUUAGGCAUAAUUAGGAUAUUUAAUGAUUUGUACAAAGUUUGAAGCGCCAUGUUGGAAGUGUUUAAUUUUGGCGGCAAAGUUUGCGACAUGUAUAUUUUAUUACUUUACAUUAUGAUAUUGGACUUUGUUAACGAAGAAGCCAUACGUUGAGCAAUAUGUCAGUAACUUCAUUCUAAUAUCUAACGCCCUGUGGUGGCCGAUACAAGCUUUAUAACCGCUCCUUUGUUGUUAUUUGCAAUUCUAGGAAUAAUCAAUAUGAGGUCAUUAACCACCGCAUUUUUGACAAACGAUACAACAGUAGGUUAAAGAAAAAGGUAAAAAUGUCAAACAUUCAGAAAAUAUCAAAUAUCUCAAACAAAAUCGUUUUAAUAUUUUACGUUUUAAGAAUGAUAUUUUUUAUGUUUAAACUAGUAUUUUGACACUAUGAUAUUAACUUACAAUUGUUUCGAGAAUAAGUCCAAAGAUUAUACAAAUAGAAUAUUAGGCUACGGCCUGAUUUCUGGUUCGCAAAUUUUUGACUAAGUUAUUGAUCGUUAUUAAACGUCUUGUAUGUGGUGUCAAUUCUUAUUUUAAAUCCGAUUUAUAUAAAUGGAUA